AUGUACCUAUUUAUUAAAUGCACAAUACAAUUGUGUGACUGUUUAUCUAUAUCUGAAUAUGAUAAAGAAUGCAUAAUAUUAGAUUUCAAGUCUUUUAAAUUUGUAGCUUUAAAUAAAAAAGAGAUUGGUGGAAACCCCAUAUCUGACCUUCUUGAAGUUAAUAUGGGUUACCAACAUUUAAGAAAAUUAGCUGAAUCAGUUUUAUGCAUACCAAUUGCCACUGCUACAGUUGAACGAUCAUUUAGUGCAAUGAAUCGCAUUAUGUCAAAAACUCAAAACUUCGAAAUCGGAUGGGACAAGACACAUUGGAAUAUUGUAUGA